GCCUGAAGUGGACUCCACCCAUGCUUCCUCGUGGGAAGUAACAUCUAAAAGGAAGACAAAGAAUUAAAGCGCCUUGUGGCACCGGCACAACAGCCGCGCGAUGGCCACCAAGAACAUCCAGGAGGCGGCGCGUGGCGGCGGCCAUGUUGUCAUCGCCGUUCCUGCCGAGACGGCGGAAGUCCAGGCGGCCGCCACGACAGGCGGCGUGCAACGCCGUAGUCGGCCGGCGGCGGCAGCACCAGCGGCCAGGCCGUCGGCUCCCUCGGAUUUCGCGCUGCUUGAAGAGGCUCAACGACGCUGCACAACUGUGUCGCACAGGCAGCGCGUCACGCAGUGCGCGUUCCGCGUUCUGCGAAAGGUGCUCUUUGCCACCGGGGCCUUCCUGGUGGUUGGCUUCGCCACGCGCGCACUCACCGAGUACCAGACGCUGGGCGACGACCUGAUGAUUGCGGGCGUGAUACUCGAGCUCGCCAGCUGGGCCCUUCUCCUGUGCACGUGCACGGAGCGGACGCGAGCUUUUCUGGCUUCUCUGCUUAGGUUGAGGCCGCGUGGAAGGAAGCUCGAGAUCUAGCCGUGCGGCGACGCGCCAACGGUGCGAGGCGGCCAUCGCCGCGUCUCCGUGCGACUUCAUCUGCGUGCCGGUGGAACAAGGACCGAUCGGUAUCCGCGCACGGACUGCGGACAAGAUUGUCGUACAGGUCCUCCGUUGACAGGCGACGUUUUGCGUCCCGAACCGAAAUUGGGAGCCAUAUGCCUUAUUUACACGUUUAUUCGUAGUUGUUUUGCGCCUUGUGAACCGAAAUAACUCGGUCUGUAGUGAAGUACAGUGCUUGCGGGUCACGUGUCUCAGGCCUGGAUGUAUACGGCCUUUUUACUGCGCGUUCCGAGUGUCGGUCGACACUUUCUUACAAGAUCUUAAAUUGUUUCUACUGGUAAGAAGUUCCGUAUGUACGGGGCCUUCCUUGCGCAGCAGACUUGCGCACUCUACUUAUUUGCUUUUCAGUGUUGUAUAUACAUCCUAUAUAGCUACCGGGCCCAUGUGGCACUUCUGAACCACAACAGGGUCACGUCCAUUGCGCGGUGCCAACUCUUGACUCUCGCUCGUAAACAAACUCCCACGAUAAACUCACGCAAUUACGGCAAUAUGCAUGUUGGAUGUAUGUCAACACUCUUCCCCCUUAGAUAUAUGUAUAUAUAAGCGAAGAUAUAAAAGAAAAAAAAAACAUUGGUUG